AUGGCCGCACAACCCCCCUCCAAGGAGCUCGAGCAGUCCGAGCAGGCCCCGGCCUCCCUGCCCCAAGCCGACCAAGUCCCCGCCAAACGCAAGGCAACGGAGGAGCUUCAACACAGCCGCCGGCCCCCGACACAACCUGGCACUCUACCCUUUAUUUGGAACCUCCCUACCACGCCUUCUCUGCCCAUCUUCUACGCCGAUGCGACACUCGUUCCAUCUGACGAUGAGUACGACUCUGAAGACGAACUUGAGCUCGAGAGCGACGAAGUGGUCGACGAGCUUGCCAAGACCAAGCAGCAGCUGUACGAAGCGAAGAAGAAGAUUGCUGCCCUCGCGAAGCGAUUGAGGAUGUACCAAGUCACUGUGCUCCCGAUGGACUACAAACUCGUUGACGAGCCUGUCAAGGAGCCUGUCAAGGAGAAGAGUGCUAUUGAGCGCGAAGCGGACGCAUUAAGGGUGUUCAGCUUGAAGCAAUGGGAGGAGCACUUGAAGAGUGAGGACGAGAAGGGGAAUGAGUAUGACAAGAUUGAGGACUACCGCGCUGUCUUCGAGGACGUAGAGUGGGCAGUGCAUGAACAUCACAGACUCGUGCAUCUGGCUCUCGGGGAACUUCGAAAGGGGCGCACUGGCCCCGCGGGCAGUAUUGAUGACUACAAGCCAGGACAGCUUCCCAUGUAUAUAUUGGAUAACGAAGUUCGCAUACAUCGAAUUCAGCAAGCAGGAUACAAAUUCAUCAUGUCGAGACAACCUCCCGAAAGCUGCGGCCAUGGUUCAGUCUCCCAAGUCGCGACCGAUUCAGCAUCCGCUAUCGAGAUAUUUGAGCCUGACGAGGAUAUGGUCGAAGCAGAUCAGGAUCCCGUCUACUAUGAAAUUGACGGCUCGCGCUUCUACGAGGCAUGUGUGAGAGACAAGCCUCGGCGUGAGCUUCCUUCAUUGUUGGUCGCUCAGCCCAAUCAGCCUGUUUCGCCUCAAUCCGACCUCAAAGGACCCUCGGCUUCGUCGCCACAUGGGAUCGAGAACUGGAAGCCGCGCGAGAAGCUGGCGCGGACUGAGGAGCGAUUGGAAGAACAAGCAACGGAGCUGGUGCGUCGUCGGUCAAGAGAGCUCAACCGCUACAUCGGUUAUGUCCAGGCAAUUCACCACAGGAUGGAGGAUGAUGGUGACACUAUCUGUUCUUUACGCAGGAAACUGAUGGCUGCUGGGAUCAAGUAUGAAGAUUGGAAAGGCAUUGACGCUUUGUUGAUGAACUUGGAGGACAGUUGCGAGCGGUCAAGCGAGGAUAUCAUCAAUGUUGCGUUUGAGUUCCAGAAGGAUAUUGACAGGGUGGACUGA